GGGAUAGUCCAACACACCUAUUAUCAGCACACACCUCGAGAGCAGUGAGUGACUUCUCAGAGGUCAGACAUUAAUUGAUAUUUGAAACCUGACAGAUCUGGAUACUGAACAGGAUGGAGUUACUUGUCCAGAUUUUGUUUUCUCCUCUGCCCUCCUCUGCCAUUUUUUCCUUGUUUGUCCUCGGCACUGCAGCCCUGGUCUAUUUAAACACGAGACCCAAAGCCCUGCGCCCUGCGGUGGAUCUUAAUUGCCAGACCAUAGGAAUUAAGAAUGGCGCAAGGAGGUGUGCCCUGAUGGAGGAUGACAACUUGAUAUCAUAUUACUAUGAUGAUGCCAAAACUCUAUAUGAAGUAUUUCAGAGGGGACUACAAGUAUCAGGUAAUGGACCAUGUUUGGGAUUCAGGAAGCCAGGGCAGCCCUAUGAGUGGCUGAAAUACAAACAGGUGAUUAACCGGGCGGAGCACUUGGGAUCAGGGUUGCUUCAUAGGGGCCUAAAGCCAACCCCAGACACCUUUAUUGGCAUCUUUGCUCAGAACAGACCAGAGUGGAUUAUUAGUGAGCUGGCUUGCUACACUUAUUCUAUGGUGGCAGUACCUUUGUACGACACUCUGGGAUCUGAAGCUCUUGAGUACAUUAUCAAAACAGCGGAAAUCUCCACAGUGCUAUGCGACAAACAGGACAAAGCUGAGACACUUUUGGAAAACUGUGAGGAUGGCAAAAUUUCUGUGCUCAAAACCAUCAUCCUUAUGGACUCUUUUGACCAUGAGUUAACUGUAAGAGGAAUUAAAUGUGGCGUUGACAUCUUACAACUGAAGGAUAUUGAGGCUAUGGGAAAAGACAAUCUACAAAAGCCAGUUUUACCAAAUCCAGAGGAUCUCAGUAUAAUAUGUUUCACCAGUGGCACUACAGGCAACCCAAAAGGAGCAAUGCUCACCCAUGAGAAUGUGAUUGCUGAUGCAGCCGGUGUGCUGAAAAGCUUUGAGAGCUCUUUUGCUCCUAAUCCUCAUGAUGUCAGCAUCUCAUUCCUGCCUCUUGCACACAUGUUUGAGAGGGUCGUUCAGACUGUGAUGUAUGGUGCUGGAGCCAAGGUAGGCUUUUUCCAAGGUGAUAUAAGACUCCUUCCAGAUGAUAUGAAAACGCUACAGCCCACCAUUAUCCCUGUAGUGCCUCGACUUCUCAACCGGGUCUAUGACAAGGUACAAAGUGGAGCACAGACUCCCUUCAAGAAAUGGUUGUUGAACUUUGCAAUCAACAGGAAGCAUGCUGAAGUGAUGGAGGGUAUCAUUCGAAAUGACAGCAUAUGGGACAAGUUAAUCUUUCACAAAGUUCAGGAAUCAUUUGGCGGACGAGUGCGUGUGAUGGUGACAGGAGCAGCGCCCAUUUCUCACUCCGUCCUUAACUUCCUUAGGGCGUCUCUUGGCUGUCAGAUUUUCGAGGCAUAUGGUCAGACAGAGUGCACUGCAGCCUGCAGCUUUACCAUGCCAGGGGAUGCCACAUCUGGGCAUGUCGGUGUACCUGUUCCUUGCAACAUUGUAAAACUGGUUGAUGUUGAGGAGAUGAACUACUUUUCUUCAAAUGGUGAAGGCGAGGUCUGCAUAAAAGGUAAAAACGUGUUCAAGGGCUAUCUGAAAGAUCCAGAAAAGACAGCAGAAGCCUUGGAUGAAGAUGGUUGGCUACACACUGGAGAUAUUGGCAAAUGGUUGCCGAGUGGAGUUUUGAAGAUCAUUGACCGCAAGAAGAAUAUCUUUAAGCUGGCACAAGGGGAAUAUAUUGCCCCGGAAAAGAUUGAGAAUGUAUACAUUCGCAGUGCACCUGUGGCCCAACUGUUUGUACAUGGAGACAGUCUACAGUCUAGUUUAGUAGCCAUUGUAGUCCCUGACGUGGAGGUCCUGCCUGUCUUCACUCAGACACUGGGAGUACAAGGAUCUUUUGAGGAGCUGUGCAAAAGCUCUGAAGUCAAAAAGGCUAUUCUCUCAGACAUGAUUAGAUUAGGCAGAGAAGCUGGGCUGAAGUCAUUUGAACAGGUAAAGGACCUACACCUGCAUUCUGAGCUUUUCACCAUUGAGAAUGGCCUACUCACUCCAACGCUGAAGGCCAAGAGGGCGGAGCUUAAAUCUUUCUUCCAAUCACAAAUUGACAUGCUUUAUGCCAAGAUCCAAUUACAGGCUUGAAAGGGCAGAGUACAAGUGUAACCAACUUUGCUACCAGUGAACAUUGGACCUCUCCACCUAGGGGACUUUCACAAUAAAAUAUGCCACUUAAUAUCA